AUGCCUCCCUCUUCCUUUCCAUGUCACCUCUGCGGCCACACAGGGGCUUUUCAAGGCAUAGACACCUCUGGAGAACUCUGUCGCAUCUCUGGAAAGCUGCAGUGUACCGCAUGUGCCGAAUUGAAGCGCGUCGACGACAAAAUACGAGAAACAACUUCUCUCCUGCAAAAACUACUCGGACAGCGACACCAGCUCAAAUUCGAGAGAAAUCUUCAUCAUGACCCGCUCAUUCAUCGACUUCCACUCGAGCUAGUAUCUCGCAUAUUCACUUUCUACCGCCCACACCUCCCGAAUCGGAUUUCUAAGGCUGUCUCCGUCUUCCAGAAGUUCUCUCAAGAGAAGAAGGAUGACGCGAAUACCACGCCGUGGCAAUUGGCUAUCGUCUGUCAAUCAUGGAGGCCCGUUGUGUUAUCGACCCCGCAACUUUGGACAUCAGUUUCGAUCAACACCUCACGCGCGUCGGAAAAGGGCUAUACGGAGUUCGUUCGCAACCUGCUUCUGCAUUCGGGCGGACUCCCCUUUUCCCUAACCCUUGGCGAAGGCAGCUACAAAGACCCCUCCUACAUCCCGGAAGAAUCUGCAGCGGAGAAGGAGUUGUUCUCCAUCAUCAACCAGUCGUCGCACCGGUGGAGCCGUUUGAACGCCUCCCUGUCUGACGGGCAGCUCGGAUAUCUCUCAGAUAAUACCAGCGUGGCUUUGUCUCUGCGAGAUAUACACCUUGAACGAUUUGCUAGGUUCCCAAACUUGAAGUCGUCGAUUUUUGGCAAGCUCACUACCAGACCUACCCUAAGAAAGGUCUUCGUUCACAACGCCCACUUCCAAGACAUCGGGAUUUCAUGGGACUGCGUCACUCACAUCGAUCUCUCCGCAUUCUCGAUACAUUGCUGUCUAGAAAUCUUCCGCCACGCACACCAGAUGACUCAUUUCACACUCCUGUCCUCCUACGACCGGCCUCCACUUGCAGAGCCGAUCGUCCAUGGACAUCUUCGAGUACUCGCCAUCUUCUCAUCCGCAUCUGAAUCCCGCAGCGUAGUGUUCGACAACCUUGCCCUUCCCUCACUCCAGGAGCUGCUAAUUGAUCACCACCUGGCGAAAGCGGCAUCCCUUGUCAAGCGUUCAGGGUGCAACUUAACUCGAUUGGACGUACGCGAGUCGAUCUUUGCGUCAACUGACUUGGAGCUACUCCUCGUCGAUCUUCUAGAACACCUCCCUUCGCUCACCGACUUGACACUUACCCACACACCCAUCUCCAAUGUGUUCUUCAAACGGCUCGGUUCCGCGAGCUCAGGUAUUGGGGCGGGAAAUGGAGGUGAAUUCCUCCCAGAUCUCUGCUCGCUCAAGAUGUGCUGUGAGUUCCGCUUCGACUGGGAAUCCUUGGCAGAUAUAUUCCCUACCGUGACACGUCCUGGGUUAUCCGAAAUUGAACCUGGAGCCCCACGUCGGGCCUUGCGAUCAUUCCAGCUGGAUGUGGAAGAGGUGGAUUCGGAUUCAGAUUCAGAUUCAGAUGCUGGGACCUCCUGGCACUGCCGAAGGAUACCUGAGGAUGUGGUAAUGCGUCUUGUGGCGGUACGUGCGGGAGGGGUGAACAUGUCAAUCAUGGAUGAAUAUCGACGCGACCUGCUUGCCGUCUCGACAGAGCCGGUUAAGGCGAUGGUUGUGUAA